AUGGGACGUCCAGUGCAUAUCUACUUUAACACAUCCACAACUCUCCGCCGUAUUCUCUCUGAAAAGAUUCUGAGCCACGUCCGGUCUUCUACGUCUUGGAAACCCGAUACCGAGGAUACGGAGGAUAUGAAGCCACGCCAUCUUCUACCGUUCGCGGCUGCGGCUGUUGCUGCGGCCGCGCUUCCCGAUAAUGCGAGGAGGCCGCAGGCGCCGAUGCCAAGCGAGGGGAACAGCGCAGGAUCCUUGGAGUGGAAAGGGUUGCCGACGCUGGACGAGAUCCUGACGACGCUUGAUGGUGCGGUUGACUAUAUCGGCGAGGCUGUGUUGCAUGCCGCCGACGCCGCUACGCGGUCGGGGAGGAGGGUCGGAGGAUACUACGGCGGCUCCGAGAUACUGGAAGUCGAGACUACGACUGGAACUCUGCGGCACACUCAGGAUGUGCCGAGGCCGAGCCAAAAGGAAGGCGUUGCCCAGUCGACGAACAUGAGUGUCAUUGAGAUCAUCCAGCAGAGCAACCAGGCGACGUAUUUUGCACGGCUCCUGGAGUCAUAUGACGAGCUCCGGGACAUGUUUGAGGACGAGGAGAGGGAUUUCACAGUGUUCGUGCCCACUGAUGAGGCCUUUCGAAACCUCGAGGGGUUCGAGAAGAGCGAGGGGGCGCUGUUGGGGGAAAUUCUUGAGUACCACGUCCUCGAGGGACGGCACCCCGCCGACAAACUCCGUGAGGCGAGGACUCUUCCGACGGUGCUCGAAGAGAGCGAGCUCGGCGGCCGACGGCAACGGCUGAGGGUUGCGGCGGGAAGAUUGGGAGUUGAGGUGAACUUUUACGGACGGGUUGUCGAUGCUGAAUCUAAAGAAGCAAGAAACGGGGUAGUUCACUACAUCGACAGCGUCCUGGUCCCGCCGCCGCGACGUGCUGCUCUUGUGAAUUCCCUGCCGGAGCAGCUGGAGACCUUUUCGCGGGCGUUGGAGGUGACUGGAUGGAGCGAGGAGCCACACGCGCUUGCCCAGCGGGGUGUGACACUCUUCGCGCCUUCGAAUGAGGCCUGGGAGAGACUGGGCGAGGAUCUGCGUCGGUUCUUGUUUUCUGAUGUCGGGGUGGAGUUUUUGAAGGCUCUGGUGAGGCACCACGUCGCUCAGGAGAUAGUGUAUACGGAUGUGGGUGGUGGCGUUGCCAAGGAGGAGGAGGGGGAGGACAGGCACGAAGUCGAGACGAUGCUUGGAAGCACCGUUUCGGUAGACGUUGACAGGUUGAACGGGUCACGACUAGUGAAGGUUAACGGGGCGGCGGUCGCGGUGAGGGAUGUGCCGGCACGGGACGGGGUCGUGCAUAUCGUGGAUGAAGUGCUUCUUCCGCCGGCGUCGGAGACAGAAGACAUGAUAUUGAAUGGAGAUAGAGGUCAAAUCAGUAUGUCGGAUCUCAAGAGACGAUUAGGUCGAUAUAUGGAAGGGGGAGACGGGAUGAAGAGUGAGGAGUUGUAG